ACCCUCCACAGCCACAGAAUGAACCCAAGCCUCACCCACACCUGCGCAAUAAUGUACAUGUAUAUGAUAUGGAAGAUGUUUCCUGGUUAUUUGCUAUGCUUUUGAACCCUUUAAAUUACCCCUUCUUCCCCUCUGUCUUCCCCACAAUACCCACAACUCACAUAUAGAGUAUAGUAUAGUAGCCCCAGUCACAACUAUCCCUCCCCUCACACACUAGCCUCCAAUACCUCUACACUUUGAAAUGAAGUAUCUGAAAGUAGUAUUUGAGAUUUCUUCAUAGCUUCUUAUGAAAAUUGAAGGGGUUUCCGGGUUAAGGCCACCCCAACCCCCUCUCUCCAACCACCAACAACUACUGCAUACAACCCACGAAAACACAAUGAAGUAUUAAAUUCUGGCCUACAAACCACCUCAAAUACUCUAUUGUAUAUACUUAAGAAAAUUUAAGGGGUUUCCAGAUUUUUCCAGUUUUCGGUAAUUCCACCAACCACCCAAACGGCUAGUAAAUUGCGAAGAAAGUGGUUUCUGAAAUGCCUGGCCCUCUUCUUUUCCAAAUAAGUGGAGAAAGUCCUCGGGUGCGAGGGUUUCAUAGGCCAGAGUACAAUUGGAAUCCUUAUGUUGGGGAAAUUCUUGAUUGCAAGGCUCAAGAUGACCUAUUUAAUGAUGAAACGGGAAGACGAGAGAGAGUCAUCUAUGUGAUGAAAAAUGAUGAAAAAAUGGGAACAGUAAUGACUGAACUUCAAUCAAUGAAGAGUAUAAAAUAUUUAGUAUUGAGCGAAGAUGUAAAGGUUGAAGUUGUGAGCAAAAUGCCAAUUAUACACCCGAUAAAAGGAAAAGAAAUACACGUUAUAUAUAAAUUUUACAAAAACCCACGAAAGGACUCACACCUGACGAUGGCCCAGAUAGGAACGCUUCUCAGGGACAUCAAAACUCGGUUACAAGACAUGGAUGGUUUUAAAUUCAAAAUCUUCAAAACUGGAGAAACUGCAAUGGGCAUGGCUUCCCCUCCUGACAACACUUCAGAACCAGCCAGCCAACCUCUCCUCGACUUAUGCACAGCUACCAUCCCUGCAGAAAGUUUCCCCUUACAAUCAGCUUCAACUUCAUCACCUGGACUCCCAUUUCCCAAAACAUCUACGUCUGGACUAUCAUCACCGUCACCAUCCAAGAAAAGGAAGACAAAAAGCAAAGAUGAUAAAGAAAAGGAAGAAACUGCUAUGAUGACAAAAGGGACUGUUUCAGACAAGGCUGGUGAGGGUGAUAGUGCAGAGCCCCAAUGUCUGCCUCGACGUACACGGUCAUACCGGGAUCCCCAAAGAGUACCCUGGAAAGAUAAUGUGCCUUCAGACCCACAGUUUUGGGCAUUGGCUGGCUUAUUUGGUACCAACUGGAAAGGCAUUGGCCUAAAGCUGAAAUUUAAAAAUGAACGAAUUGAUCGUUUUCGUAUGGACCAUCAAAUCAAUGGUACUCAGGAAGUUAUUUUUGAGAUGUUUAUGGAAUGGAGGAGGAGAGACGGACCUGAGGCAACCCUCAGCUGUCUUAAAAAAAAUAUAUUGGCAUCAAAAGUCAAGUUCACUUGGGACAACGUGCCAGCUGAUGUCCUUGUAUCAAGUGAUGAUGAGACCACAUUGAAAUGUGUGGACACUCCAGCUUCAGGUGAAACAUUCACAGAAACAAAGAAUAAGAAGAAUCCACUUGAGUGCCUAGACGGUCAUGCGUCUGAUACCAAUGGGUCAGCUUCUGAGAGGCAGGCUGCUGCUAAUAUGAACGUCGCAAAAAGGAAGUCGAAAUCAUGAGUCUGAAAGGAAGAACAUACAGUAAACCUGCGAUCGCUCGAGGACGCCAGGUUCCGAGCUAAAGCCUCGAAGGAACCGAUGGUUCGAAGGACCAAGUUUCACUUUCCCAGUCUGUUAUGAAUAGUCUUUCAGUGUAUUUUAGGUUUGAAGUCGUCAAACUGAAUGUUUACUUUGACACCGAUUAUGUAUUGCGUUUUUGGAAAUUGCUCAUAUGUUCAAAGGCUGUAGUAUACUAAAUGUAAAAGAAAAACCAAUAAAUGAAUAAAUAGUAAAGUUUAUCAUUACAAAAAGCAAAUUUUCUCAACAAGCAACAUUGAAAUAUGACAGUGCAUAUUAUAAUUAUAAUUAUCUUCUCAAAUGCCCUUAUCAACUUAUAGCGUAAACAUUGAUAAAUGGUUUUUCACACCUCAAAUUUCCUUUCAACUGUCAUUGCAAUUCUUAAAACUUUUGGCGUUUGGCAAUUGUUGUUUGUUUCCCGCGUUCGGGAAAUUCCAGUGUCCCUGCAAUUAAACUUGUUUAAUGCUAUGAUUGCUCCAAUUUUGUUAUAUGGCAGUGAGGUGUGGGCUUUUGAAAGCCUUAAUAUUAUAGAUCAAUUUCAAUUGAAAUUUUGUAAAAUUACCGUAUAUUAAAUCUUAAGGAGUGUACUCCAAAUUGCAUGGUGUUAGGGGAAUUAUGCUUGACACCUCUUUCCAUUCAAGCAAAAUGCAGAAUGCUUAGUUACCCAGGGGGGGAAUAUUAUAUAUAUUAUAUAUGCCAGGAAUAAUAAAAUAUGUAAAUUAUUGUACAAUACUUUGUUAGUUUUACACAAUAAAAUAUUCUUAUUUCUCCGUGGAUAUCUUCUGUUAAAAAUAUUGUAGAUGAACUUUAAGUUGUUAACCUUGAAUAUUUCAAGAAAAUUGUGUACACUAGAUUGAAAGAUCAGUUCUUACAGCAAUGGCCAAGUACUGUAGAGGAAUCUUCAAAAUGUACUGUUUAUCGUUAUUUUAAGAGUGAAUUCUGUUUUGAAAAAUAUUUAGAUAAAAUUCCAUAUAGUCUUUGUAAAAUACUCUGUAAGUUUAGAACUACAAAUCAUCUUUUACCCAUAGAGAAGGGGCGACAUUUAAAUAUUGAACAUAACCUUAGAAUUUGUUCUUUUUGCAAUAAAAAUGUCAUUGGUGAUGAAUACCACUAUUUGUUAGCAUGUAAUUAUUUUCAAGAUAUAAGAUCUAACUUUGUACUGCAGCAUUAUUAUGCUCAUCCAAAUAUGUUAAAACUUGAAUUACUUAUGAACUGUAAAGAUAGAAACCAAUUAGUUAAACUUGCUUUAUUUUGUAAGAUAAUUAUGUCUAACUUCCAUUAAUCUCAAUAAUUUUGUUGACUCAUUCUCCAUUACUACAAGGACUCUUAACCUGACCUUAAAAGUUUUAUUUAAAACAUUAUUUUCGCUAAUUUUCACAUUCACAGUCAUAAUCUGAUAUUAUUGUAUUUUGUUGUAAACAUUAUUUUCAAUUUGAUCUCAACUUAAGUGCUGCACACAUUCUGUUCACUGUGUUUUAUAUUAUGUAGUUACUGAUAUUUGUUUCACUGUUUUGUUUAAACCAUUUCAAACUUGUUUCUAUAUCAUCAUCUCAUGCAUAUUAUAUGCCAAAGAUGUAAAUAAACUUGAAACUUGAACAAAUGUGAAAUUAUGAUCUCGAGGGAGUCAAGGUUUUAUGCAUGAUUUGUGUAUUUGGGACUGGCUAUUGUGCUCGACUCCUCGAGUUAUUUCGGUUUCGAUGCAGCGUCGGUAUAUUUCAUAUGAAAAUAGAAGUUUUACUGUAUAAGUUCUUUAAAAGGAUAAUCUCUUUAAUUACAGAAAAAUAAUGUUUAUCUAAAUGAAUCGAAUGAUAAUUCAUUAUAUUGAUAGCUACUGUGUUCACAUCGAGUGUGCAUGUUUAGCUUUGGUAUAUAUUUUUGUAUCUAUUUUCUGAAAUGUUAAUGUGUUUUGAAAGUGUGGUGUGCAAUAAAAAAAAAUAUGUAUAUAUAAAAGGUAGAAAAAACAUGGGAAAGAUGGUGUAUAUUUGAUGUUUCGGAAUAGUGUUCCUAAUAUAAAUGUUAAAUUAAAAAAAAAAAAAUACUAACUUUAAAAAACAAGAAUCUUAUAAAGUGCUUUACUUUGGUGGAUAUUUCAUUCAAAUGCGCUUUAAAUACUACUGUAUUCUAGAGCUGUUUCAUUAAGAUACUAAGUGUUCAAAUUGUUGCCAUCGUCUAUUAUAGGUAUUGAUUUUAUUCUUCAUUGUUGCUAUUGUUUUUUCUACUUUUACUAGUUUACUGAGAUAUUGGACAAACAUGGCACAUGUUGGUAUCUUUCCCUCACAUUUUGAUUUAUAAAAUGAAAUAUUUUCCUAAAAGUAUCAUAAAAAAAAUUUGAUAACCAAAUUUUUCUUUAUUUGGCAUUAAAUCACAAAAGGUUAUGGUUUUAUAUAAUAGUUCUCUAAAGCUCACUUUAUUGAAAGAAUUUUUUAUGAAUGUUCUAAAUUCACCUUAAAACGUCUGCGAAAUAUGACAUUCCAAAACAUAUGAAUGUUUGAUCCUUGCAUGUUUCACCAAAACUUUGCAAUCCUUUAUCUAAAAAUUAGCAGUGGAAUGGUCUAUCAUGCUGUCUCUGUGACUGCUCUUGUUACUUGUGUUUUUAAUAUUAAUAUUAUUAUCUUUCCUUUGAUGAACGAGAUAUGCUGUUUUACAAUCUUCUUAUUAAUUACAUUUUAAGAUCAUCUAUAUUUUUCUUAAAUAAUCAAGUUAGUCAACUUUUUUUCUUAAAUAAUCAAGUUAGUCAACUUUAUCUUGCAUAAUUAUAAUGUUAUACGUGCCCCUUUCAUAUUCUACUUUUAACUUAGAAAUUUUGGUAAAGGUUUUGAAACUUACUCACCAUCUAUGUGAUGUAUUGCAUUGAAACUUUAUACAGACAAGUAUGAUAAAUCUAUUUUGCAUAUAAUGCAAAUUGUGCCCCUUUAUUAUUUCAGUUAGAAAUUCUUGUGAAGGUUUUGCAUGUUAUCAAAUUUUACAGUGAUCCAUGCAUGUUUCCCCAAAACUUUGCAAUCCUUGCUUAAAGUGGCAGAAUAGUCUAGUCUUUGUGACUGUGACUGCUCUCGUUACUAAAAAGUGUUUUUAAUAUUUUUAUCUUUACUUUGAUGAGGGAGAUAUAUUGUUUUUACUACCUUCUUAUUAAUAACAAUUUCAGCUUGUCUGUUUUUUUCAAAGAACCUUUUGUUUAUAUAAUUGUUUGCAAUUACUUUUUGCUUCCUUAUGAUUCAACAUGCUGCUGUAGUUUGUUGCUACUGUUUCGAGUUGUGCUUCUAAUUACUAUAAAUGAAUUUUGACUAUUUUUGAAAUAGAUUAUAUAAAUAAUGAAUUAUGACUAUUUUUGAAAUAGAUUUUAUAAAUUAUGA